AUGCCACAGACGUAUAAUAGUAUUACAGCUGUUAAUUAUAUAUCAGAAAAAGAAAUUGCAAAAGUAAUUAAAAUUUAUUUUAAAGAAAAUGCGGUUUUCGAAAACUAUUCUAUAGAUUUUGCUAGUCAAAAUAUGCUAGGAUUUUUAUGUGACUAUUUAAGGUUGAACAUAAAUGUAUCUGUCGGUGCUAACGAGAAGCGAGUAUUAAAUUGUUUUAUAAAAUCUAUAUCUAAGAGUAAUAAAGCAAAAGCGGAAAUGGUUAAAGAGCUAAAACUUUAUGAAAAAGAAUCAAAGUUUUACACAAUCAUUAUAGAGAAGCUUCGUACACCAGGCAUAAAAGCAUGGAGUGCAAAACUAAUAGUGGCUUUAGAAGACGCAUUGGUUUUUGAAGACUUAAAUUCCCUGGGGUAUAGAAUGCACUAUAAACUCAAAACUUUAGACGAUGCUCAUAUUUUUCAAGCAUUAAGAACUUUGGCCAGAUUUCAUGCCUCUUCAAUUAUUUAUGAAGAACAAAAAUCUGUUGAAUUGAAUCGUCCCUACAGGAUUUACGAAGACUAUAAAGAUUAUUUCGACAAGGGUGGAUAUAAAAUAACAGCUCCAUGGUUUAGUCAAUGUAUGAUUGCCGCUUUGGAAGUUGUAAAAAGCCAUUCAAAAUACGCUAAAACCAAAGAUAUUAUUGAUAAGUGUGAUAGAAAAUGGGCGAAUGUAUGGAAAGCAGCGCUGGAUUUGACAGACACAUCGUCUAAAUACAGGAACGUUAUCUGUCAUCGGGAUUUAUGGAAUAAUAACUUAAUGUUUCACUAUAAAGGAAAUGAGCCUGAUGAUUGCUUAUUAGUGGAUUUUCAAGCAGCCAGGUACCACCCACCUGCGGGCGAUGUUGUACUUCUGCUUUUCUGUAACUUAGAGGCUUCCUACCGAGAAGAGAAUUUUAAUAGAUGUUUAAAAUAUUACCAUUGUACACUUCAGCACAUCCUCGAACAACACUGUAUUGAAAUAAAUGAUAUUAUUUCGUUGAAAAUGCUUCAAGAAUCAGCAAAAGACUUUCGCCUUUGGGGGCUGGUAGCUACCGCAUGUCUAGUGCCACAAUUUUGGAUGAAAGACGAUUUAACUACAAAGAUCUUUACCGAUUCCAACCAAUUUAAUAAAAUACUUUCGCAGGAUAAAGCUACUUUUAUUAGGAAAAUGUGUGAUGAAAACGUCGAGUAUCGAAUUAAAGUUUUGGAUUUAUUUGAAGAAAUUGUUUGCGAAUAUAUCUUAAAUUAA